UAAUAAUAAACUUUAUUUUUAUAUCCCACCCCAUCUCCCCGAAGGGACUCGGGGCGGCUCACAACAGGGACAAGUCCGAAACAACAACACAACAUAUUUGACAAAAACUUAAAACAUUCCAACGAUACACAAAAUAAAAUAAUGGACAAUACAUUAAAAUCCAAGCAGAUAAAAUCAGAGUAAUUAAAAGCAAACCAGCGGGGACAGCUUGGGUAUAAUUAGCUUGGGUACCUGGUGAUGCCCUUGUUAUUUGUAAAGGGCCUUGUUUGUAUUUGGAUGCGAGGUCAUAUCAGUUUGGUCAUAUAUUACACUAUUUCUGAGGGAAAAAAACUCAGUCUUGGCUUUUGUUUUUUUUUAGGAAUGCAUAAGGAUGUGGGUGAACUACAAUUCCCAAAAGUCUUGGGUCAGCCCUCCCCAAACUCCCCCGGUAUUCUCAGUUGGCCAUGUUGGGUCUGUGUGCCAAAUUUGGUCCAGAUCCGUCAUCUGCCGGGUUCAGUGUUCUCUGGAUAAGGGUGAACUACAACUCCCAUAUUCCCAAAGCGAUCUUCCUGAAACACCUGCCAAGAUUCACAGUUGGCUAUGUUGGGUCAGUGUGCCAAGUUUGGUCCAGAUCCGUCACUUUACCACUGCAUUGGCCUUUCGCUCCUACAAACAUAACAAACACCGGGAAGAGCAUCCUCACACUUUGCUCGCUCUGGAAGAACGGUUGCCAGGCGGGCCGUUGUCGUCACAUCCCUAUAGAUUUUAGCACGCGAUGCCGGGAUCCGUUCCGCUCCUGCAAAUGAGAUGGGAUUUCCUCCGGGCGCUCUGCGUCACUGGCCCAGGUUGCCUAGCACUGGCUGGGAUGGAUGAGAGCGAGAGAAAGAGAACUUGCAAGGUUUCCUCCUGCUUGCAUAUAUCGGCUGCACUGAACUACGUUGCACCGCUUUGCUGCAGAAUAGAGGCAUUGAGAGGUGAAGGGCGUCAUCAGCAUGGCUUCGGAGCCGUCCACGAUGGAGCUUCCUUUGGUUCAGGACGUCCAGCUGACCCAGUGCAUGAGGCUCCGGGUGCGAAGCCUGCAGCAGAAGAAGGAGAAGCCACAAGACGGAGAGAAACUCCUCCAAGCGGAUGAGUUUGUCUACCGGCUGGACUUCUCCCGGCAACACGGCCUCCGUUUCCUGCGCUGGACGGUCACUCUGGACAAACCGGGCAAAGUGUCCAUCAUCGGCACCUCUCAGCUCUGGACGCCGGACCUCACCAACCUCAUGCGGAGGCAGCUGCUGGAACCGGUGGCCGUUUUCUGGAAAAAGCCGGGCUCCCAAGAAGUGGAAUGCAAUGAGGCCGAUGCGCUGGAAUUUGGAGAGCGGCUGGUGGAGUUGGCCAAAAUCCGGAAGGUGAUGUAUUUCCUCCUGGCCUAUGCGGACGGCCUCGAACCGGCUCACCUGAAAUGCUCGGUGGUCUUCAGUGCCUGAAUCUGGAUCUAUCUUGUUUCCAUCUGCUUCUGAAUCUGGUUUUGGCACAUAGAGACUCCAAUGUCCAUGGCUUUAGUCUGGACUAUAAAGCAGCUAUUCCAAGAUCCUGAACUAAUCCAAACUUUGGCAAACUUUUGUAUUUGUUUCUUGCUUCCAUCUUCUGCCUCCGACCUUUCUAUUUUUCCCCUUGAAUCUAUUUUGUCGCAUGUAGCAUCUCCAAUGUCUGUUGGAAGCCCGUAAAUCCCGUCGAAAAAUCAGUCUCAACUAUAAAACAGUUAAUCCAAGGUCCUAAACAAGUGACGGCCAACAUAUGACACGCGUGUCAGCACUGACACGCCUAGCCAUUUUUGCUGACACGCUGCCGCAUGCAGAUUGAUUGGAUGACUUAUGUCUUUUGUGGCCAAAUUUGGUGUGAUUUGGUCCAGUGGUUUUCUUGUUUAUUCCAUGGGAAUUAUGCACAUUUUAUGAUAUCAUUCUAUUAUUAUUGUAGUAUACUAUUAUAUUAUUAUUACUAUUAUAUUAUUAUUAUAUUAUUCAUUAUUCAUGACUACAUUGAAACUAGAAUAGAGAGAAACUGCAAGAGGUUUAUUAUAUUAUAUAUAUAUAAUCAUUCUGUUAUUAUUCUAUUACUAUUGUAGUAUAUUAUUAUAUUAUUACUAUUAUAUUAUUAUUAUAUUAUUCAUUAUUCAUGACUACAUUGAAACUACAACCGAGAGAAAUCAGUGUGGAAACUGCAAGAGGUACCAUAGAUUGUUGUACAUGGAAAUAAUGGUAGUAAAUAGUUUUUGAUUUAUUAAAUACAGUUAUAUAUUACAAUUAUAUAUUUUUGUUAUUUAAACCAUACAUAUUGCGAAGUUAUGGGUUUUUUUUUUCUCAAAGUGACACACCAUCCAAGUCAUGCUAGGUUUUUUAGGUGAAUUUUGACACACCAAGCACAAAAGGUUGCCCAUCAUUGUCCUAAACUAAUGCAAACUUUGGAAACUUUUUGUGUCUCUAUUUUACGCUUCUAUUUUCAACUUUCUUUUUUUGCCCUGAAUCUAGUUAUGGCAUAUAUUAUCUCCAAUGUCCAUCAGAAGCCAAUGAAUCCGGUCCAGAUUCUAGUCUGAACUAUAAAGCAGCUGUCCAAAGUCCUGAACUAAUGCAAACUUCAACAACUUUGAGUGUUUUCAUUAACGUUUGCUGCAAAUCCCAGUCCAGAUUGGCAUGCCCAAAAAAAAAAAAUUCAUACCCGAUUUGCACAUUUCUCUUCCCUUCCUGACUCAAUUUUGACAGCGGCAGAUGAAUGAAAACAUCUUCCAUCACAAGAUAAAGAAACGCUGUUUUUGUUUUGUUUGUUUUUUUAAAAAGUGCUUUUUCUGUUUUUAUGGCUUCAAAAGCAAUAUUAUGUCUUUGGAGAUGCUUAAGUGAAACUCUUUGGCAUGAGAGCAAUAAUCUGUCGAAGAAAAAAAUGUGCUGAACCUUUAGAACAGUCCUCAUAUUCAAAGUCUAUGUCAAAUCUUUAAAGCCUAUCCAGAUAAGUUUGGUGCAAAGACAAGGUCCAGAACAGCAAACAUCUCCCCAACUAUUUUUUCUCCUGGGAUCUACUAAUUUACAUAGCUUCAGGUGGUGGAACUUUUUCUUGAACCCCGAGGAUUUUUUGCUUCCAUUUGCUGUUUUAAAGCAAGUUGCUUAGACCUGAGGGGGAAAACCUCAGAAUAAAUACUACGUAAUUAAAGUAAGGAGUUAAAGAAAAUGGGUUGCUGUGAGUUUUCUGGGCUGUAUGGCCAUGUUCCAGGAGCAUUCUCUCCUGACAUUCCUCCCACAUCUAUGGCAGGCAUCCUCAGAAGUUGUGAGGUGUGUUGAAAACUAGUCAAGUGGGGUUUAUUCUCAUAUUCUUGUUGUAAACCGCUCCGAGUCCCCGCAGGGAGAUGGUGGCAGGGUAUAAAUAAAGUUGUUGUUAUUAUUAUUAUCAUUUUAUUAUGACACAGCAAACAAGAUAGAUAUGCUGGAUUUCGUAUCACAAAACCACAAGUCGAACACUUCCCAAGUGUCUAGGACUGUGUGAUGUAUUUUCGGAUGAUGCGUGUAGAUCCCAGUAAGGUGGCCUUUUGCAGUUGGCAGAUCGUGAUUUUGUCAAUGUCUAUUGUAUCCAAAUGCUGGCUGAGAUCUUUUGGCACGGCACCCAGUGUGCCCAUCACCACCGGGACCACCUGCAUUGGUUUCUGCCAGAGUCUUUGAAGUUCAAUCUUGAGGUCCUGAGAGCGGCUGAGUUUUUCCUGUUGUUUUUCGUCAAUGCGACUGUCACCUGGGAUGGCAACAUCAAUGAUCCAAACCUUUUUCUUUUCCACAACUGUGAUGUCUGGUGUGUUGUUGUUGUUGUUGUUGUUGUUAUUAUUAUUAUUAUUAUUUAUCUGUGGAAGGUCUAGGGUGGGAGAAAGAACUCUUGUCUGUUGGAGGCAAGUGUGAAUGUUGCAAUUGAUCACCUUGAUUAGCAUUGAAUACUCUUGCAGCUUCAAAGCCUGGCUGCUUCCUACCUGGGGGGAAUUCUUUGUUGGGAAGUGUUAGCUCGCCCUGAUUGUUUCCUGUCUUGAAUUCCCCUGUUUUUCUGAGUGUUGUUCUUUAAAGAACAACUCUGAGGAUGCCUGCCCUAGAUGUGGGCGAAACGUCAGGAGAGAAUGCUUCUAGAACAUGGCCAUAGCAACCCAGUGAUUCCGGCCAUGAAAGCCUUCGACAACACAAUUUUCAAGGUCUUUUGCAAAGCUAAUGGGUCUUUAUGGUCCGUUAUCUUACUGCCUAUCUUAUUUCGCACAGGCCUUGGUUGUGUCACAGAAAUGACUGGAGGAAAUUUAUUACAGACUCAAACUGGAAAGAACAUUUUUAAUUAAGUCAAAUUAAAGUCAAAUUUAAGUCAAAACCAUAAAUGUGGAGAGACAACUGUAUCCAUUCGGCUGCCAAAAUAGAAAUCAUACGAAAAGUUGGGGAAAAUCCUUCAAGCGGUCUCUAUAAGUUUCAGAAUGAUUUGGUUUAGUGAUGCAAGCCUUAUCUGUCCUUUUUUUGGUUUCAUUUCCUAUAUCCGUAUGUUUAGUUUUGAAUAAAAGUUUUGCUGGAAAAAUA